AUGGAUCUUCGCGAAGUGUUAAAUGCGACUGGGAGCUUAGCUCCGCCAGGCCAGCAGCCGCCGGGUCUGGUUUCACGCGAUCUAUAUCGUCGCCACGGGCAUGGCAACCCCCAGAACCACGCUUGUGUAUACUGUCGACGGUCUCACAUGUCUUGCGAUCUUGGGAGACCGUGCACCAGAUGCAUCAAGCGCAAUAUCGGACAUCUCUGCCACGACGAGCGUUUCGAUACUGGUUUGCAGAAGGGCAAAAGUACCCAGCCUGGCCAGACUGCACAAGCCAACACCACGAGUCUACCAAACUCCAAUCUUGAAAUAUGCCACUACACGAUAUCACGAGAUCACACUGGAGGAGCAGAGGACCAGAAAUGCGAGAUAUUGGCCGACUUUGCGAGAAAGCAUACUAGAGCAUGGACUAAUAUAUCACUUGCGAAUAUAAACAGUCCAAUUGCCAAUCCGGAAACUUCUCCUGAAGGUCUCAGAUCUCUUUAUGGUCCAGGCCACUAUGCAACCCAUAGUGAAUUAUUGAUGUGA